UCUCUCAUUCUUCAAUUCGUCACUUAGCUUCACUCGGCAAAGAAAAGAGGCAACGACGAUGGCUGCUGCGGCGGCGAUGAUGGUCUCCGGAGGACGGGCGGCGCUGGCGGUGGCGGGCGUGCUCUGCGCGGUGGCGGCCAUGGCGGCGGCGCAGCAGGCGUCGAACGUGCGGGCGACGUACCACCUGUACAACCCGGCGCAGAACGGGUGGGACCUGAACCGCGUGAGCGCGUACUGCGCCACGUGGGACGCCGACAAGCCGCUGUCGUGGCGGCAGAAGCACGGCUGGACGGCCUUCUGCGGGCCCGCCGGGCAGAAGGGCCAGGCCGCCUGCGGCAAGUGCAUAAGGGUGAAGAACCGUGCGACGGGCGCGUCCAUCGUGGCGAGGAUCGUGGACCAGUGCAGCAACGGCGGCCUGGACCUGGACUACGAGACGGUGUUCAAGAAGAUCGACACCAACGGGCAGGGCUACCAGAUGGGCCACCUCAACGUCGACUACCAGUUCGUCGCCUGCUGAGCAACAGAGCUCAGCCAGAUCCUUCCUGUGUAUGUAUGCAUCCAUGCAUGCAGGCAGGCAGAUGCAGAGACCGACGUCGUUGUAAAACGCGUGGCCUUACUUGAGAUGAAUAAAACGCAACAUGUAGCGUCUUGCAACUGUCGCAAGCACAGCUACUACUGCUACUGAUUAAAUAAACAGGACUGCAAUGAUAGUAAUAAACUAUUUAGGCCUCGUUCGUUUUGAAAACAGGCAUGUUUUUAGUUCUGGGCCGGAUGGAGUGAAUCCUGCUGGUUCACUAAAACAUGAAAACUUUUGGUUUGGUUUGGUU